UACAUAAUCGCCCCACCCCACUACCAUAACAUCUCCCCCUGAAAAAAGGAAGGAAGCGAAACGGCCGGUACAACCUCCAUCAGCGACAAAACAACCAACCCACCAACCCAUACUCCUCCUUCUCCUCCUCCCCAUCCUCCUUCUCCAGUCUCCUUUACCUGCUGCACAGAGAAAGAUACAUACACGCACAACCAACUCCACCACUCUCUCUCUCUCUCUCUCUCUAUUUUCAGACACAAGAACUUAGCUUUCACUCCCAAUAGUCUGCUCUGCAACAAGCGAGCAAGCUCAACCGCAACACGCCGUCAUCUACUCCAAAAAGCACUCUUUCACUCACCGUUUCGAAGAAUUUAUAGGGUUCAUCUUCCUCUGACAAGAGAAAAACAAAGAAGUCAUAGAGCUUUGGAUGCUAUGAAGAUUGCCUUUUAAUUUUGAUAGAAAGAAGAAAUCAUGACACAGCUUUUGGAAAUCCAGCCCAAGGAACUUAAGUUUGUUUUUGAAGUGAAGAAGCAAAGCUCAUGCUCAAUACGUCUUACCAACAACGCCCACCAAAAUGUUGCUUUCAAGGUUAAAACAACUUCACCUAAGAAGUACUCUGUGCGACCAAAUGUUGGUGUUAUAGAUCCAAAAUCAACUUGUGAAUUUAUUGAGAAUGAAGGGUGUGUGUGGAAGUGGGGGACAAUGGAGCAAAAUUGGACAUGCUAUUGGAUAUAUUUUGGUUUUGAUCUGGUUUAUAUGACAUGGAACCUACCUAAGAAUUUGCAUCUUUGCAUACUGCUCCAGUCUGGACUUAAUUUUUUAUUUCAAAAGAUGAGUUUUGGAGUCACAAUGCAAUCUCAGAAGGAGGCUCCUCCUGAUAUGGUGUGCAAAGACAAGUUUUUAAUCCAAAGCACAGUUGUUCCUGUUGGGACAACUGAGAAGGAAAUCACAUCUAGUACGUUUGCCAAAAAUGAUAACAAGCAUAUUGAAGAGGUCAAGAUGAGAGUGGCUCUCAUCAGCUCACCUGAAUCAUUUGUACCGACUCCAAUUAAUGGAGUGUUUAAGCAGGGGCCUAUUUUUGAACCUUCUGUACUGAAAGAUUCUGUGCUCAAUAGAGUUGAAAUUCUCAACCCACCGCAAAUGGGGCCUUUUUUAGAACCUUCGGUACUGAAAGAUCCUGUGCUGAAUAGGGUUGAAAUUAUCACCCCACUGCAAACAGUUGCCAAGGAUGCUGAAUUCAAAAUGACCAACGGUCAUGAGAGCAAUACAUCUGAGGAUGUAGAGUUGAAGCCAGAGAAGGACGUGAUUCAUGGUCAGGAGUCUAAGCUGUCAGAUGACACAGAUCGAGUACCAGUUAUUAACAUGGUCAAUGAGAAGGAGUUAAAGCUGGCACAGGACGAAGAGUUGAAGCAAGAUAAGGAUGCCAUUAGCAAUGAGCACUCAAAGCCAGCACCGGAUAUGGAGUCCCCUUCACUGAAUGAGGAAAUCAUAACAGCGAAUGCAAUGGAGCUGAAGUUGGCCAGUGAUAUUGAUGAGAUGAAAUCAAAAUUGCACGUACUUGAAUCAAAGCUGAACGAGACCGAGUCUACUAUUUCAAAGUUAACAGAGGAGAAGAGACAAAGCAGUCAAGAAAGGAAAAUCUUGCAAGAAGAACUCGAUUUUUUGAGAGGCAGGACAAGUGUAAAAAGAGUGUACGUGGGGUUCCCUCUUCUAUUUGUUGUUAUGAUUGCACUCAUCAGUAUCGAGCUUGGAUAUCUUUUACACAGUUAAAGGUUUGUUCAUAGGUAGAACUUAAAAAGGAGAAAAGCAAUUAUUGAUAUAAAUGAUGCAAGGAAAUAGCUGGGGGCCAUAUAUGUUUGUCUAAGAUUUCUUACCUUUUUUUCCCUUCUGCCCCUUUUUGGAGGGAUUGACUUCCGGAUUGUCGGUGUGUUGCAUGUAUACACAGAAUGAACACAACAAUGGAAUGUAGAGAGAGAGAUAUCUUGUAUGUAUGACCAAUAAGAAAGAACACAAACAUCGUAUUGCUCUUAGGUGACUUCCAAGAAAUAGACGUUUGAUGCAAACAACUCC